UUCCUCUUCCAAAUCCGACUUUUAAGCCCGGUGUCUUCUCUGGGAAGAGGAGUAGCUGGAGAAAAUUGCUGCAGUGGUGGCGCCGUUGAAUGGCCCUGAGCGUCGGCAACGAUGGAGCGCAGGAUUCGGGGGCCAACCUGUUCGCAUCCCAACAUCACAAGCAGCAUCCAGCACCACCCGUAAGAUGCCCCCAACAGGAAGACACGAAGAAAGAUGGAGGAAUCGGGGAUGUCUUUUGGUCCAGGCCUGAAUCCCGAUUAUGGACCACAAUGCUCCUGCUUGGAACCUGCCUGCUUUACUGUACCAGGGUCCUAAUGCCCAUCUGUGUGGUCACCAUGAGCAGUCUCUUCGAUUGGGACAAGAAACAGUCUGGAAUUGUGUUGAGCAGCUUCUUCUGGGGUUACUGUCUAACUCAAGUUGUUGGGGGCCACUUGAGUGACCGGAUAGGAGGAGAGAAAGUCCUUCUCCUCUCUGCGUCGGCCUGGGGGUCCAUCACCGCCAUCACGCCCGUGCUCAUUUCCUCAAGCUCCUCCCACCUGAUUCUUAUGACCUUCACGCGCUUUCUUAUGGGGCUCUUGCAGGGGGUUUAUUUUCCUGCCUUGGCUAGUCUGCUUUCCCAGAAGGUACAGGAGAGUCAACGAGCACUGAUCUACAGCACCGUCGGAACUGGAUCUCAGUUUGGGACAUUGGUGAUGGGGGCAGCUGGCUCCCUGCUCCUUGACUGGUAUGGAUGGGAAAGUGUCUUCUAUCUUUCGGGCCUACUCACCUUGCUCUGGGUGUACUGCAUGUGUAAAUUCCUCCUGCCGGAAAAAGAAAUAAUAGUCUCACUACAAGACCUGGCAAAGGGUCUUUCCUUAUCCUCCAAAUCGACCAAAGUGCCUUGGAGAAAAUUAUUUAGGAAGCCUCCCAUUUGGGCGGUGAUUGUGGCUCAGUUGUGUGCGGCUAGCACGUUCUUCACCCUGCUGUCCUGGCUGCCGACAUUCUUCAGCGAAACGUUUCCCGAUUCAAAGGGCUGGAUUUUUAAUGUCAUUCCUUGGCUGGUGGCAAUUCCAACCAGCUUGUUUGCUGGUUUCCUGUCUGAUCAAUGUAUCAGUCAAGGGUGCAAACCAAUCACCGCUCGUAAAUUUAUGCAGGUCAUUGGCUCCGGGGUAUCCAGUCUUUUUGCCUUAGGGAUAGGUUACUCCACCAACUUUUGCCAAGCAGUGGCCUUUGCCUCAGCCAGCAUUGGGCUUCAGACUUUCAACCACAGUGGCAUCUCAGUCAAUAUUCAGGAUCUGGCUCCUUCAUGUGCUGGUUUAUUGUUUGGUGUGGCAAAUACAGGUGGAGCUUUACUAGGUGUUGUUUGUGUAUACCUAGCUGGACACCUCAUUGAAAACACAGGCUCCUGGGUCUCUGUUUUCAAUCUUGUGGCUGUUGUGAAUGUCCUUGGACUUUGCACAUUCCUCCUCUUUGGAAAAGCUCAAAGAAUGGAUCUGGAUCCAGCAUACACAGACUUAUAAACACAUCCACGGACUUAGAGGGAGGUGUCAAGAUUCCAGAAUAGAAAGCAGAAUUCCAGGAAAAACGUACCAGCUAUGGAAUGAUAAAAGUCCAUGCAUUACCUCCA